CGCUGGAAAUAACCUCAACACUGCCUAGAUAUCAUUCCGAAGUAAAGAUAUUUUCAGCAUCACACGGAACGUAACAACUUCCCAACACAAUUUUCGCAGCGAGUUCCAACAAACCUGACGAUUCAAAAAUAUAUCAAAAUGCACGCUUUCGUCUUUGGAUUUCUUUUGAUGCUACUCGCUGGUGUAGCAACAUCGUCGGCCUCUGCCUCUGUACACUUCCGGUGCUUGGCUGUCGUGAAUAUGGACAAGUGUUAUAUCGAGGAAUUGUUCACUUGCCACACAUAUUACGCUGCAAAUCUGAAAGAUGAAGAGUAUGGACUGACAGACUCCAACGAUAUGUGGACCCUCACAUGGCGCAGGCGCCGCCAUCUGCUUCAUCGUGCCAAUAUGUUAAGGGAACUGAAGUGGAAUAUCCAUCUCAAUAAUAUGGAAAUCAUGUAUGAAGAGCAGUUGCUCGAGAAAUUACUGGAAUUGGCUUGCGUUCUGUACUUCAACAAUCGGCCCGUUGAUUAUUUGAUUGUGCAUGUCGCUGAACAACUCAGUGCUUCGUUGCACCCGUCAGACGCCAUACGAUUUGUCGGCCAUAUAUCCUCAGAUAUCCGCGAGAAGGGCCCUCCCUCCUCCAUCCAAUGGCACUCGCCGUACCUGACCUACAUAGAGCAAGAGUUCCUCAACAUGCCCCAAUGGCCACAGGAGCAACUCCCUGACUCCGACCGAGAACGCAACAAAUGGAUUCUUCUAUCCUAACUUUAAUUAUUAGCUCCCGGUGCUCCCACUAAUAUUAUCAAAGACAUAAUUUGAUAACAACAACACUCGGUGGAAGAGUUAAACCCCCAACAGAUCUUAUAUAGAAUAGCACUUUGGUUAGGGAACACGACGACAAAUGUAUUAUUGUUGUUACAAAAUGUAUAAUCAAUAAACUAAUAAAACGGA